AUGUCUUACUUUGAGUUGAAGAGCUACAUAAAGGAUCUAGGAUAUACUACAGAAUGUGACUUUUUCAUUAAAUGGGAUGGGCUACUGGCCUCACUUGAAUUGGAGUAUGUCCCUAAUGUGAGCGACAAUUUGUUAGGUGAGGAAUCUUUGAAUGAGGCUGAAGAUUGUAACCUUAAUAAUCAACCUCCUUCUUUUACUUCUCCUUCAAAUCCUACUAUGGAGACUUCAUUUGAUCCUGAAACUUCCAACACUACUUUUGAAGUUCCUUCUUAUACCGUGUGUUCAUUUCUUGUAGCUUCUCCUUCUACUGUGCGUUCAUCUCCUGUAGCUUCUCCUUCGGCUGUUCCUGUAGCUUCUCCUUCUGUUGUACCUCCUUCUUGUAGUGUGUCUUCUCCUUCUGUUGUGCCUCCUCCUUGUAGUGUACCUUCUCCUACUGUUGUGCCUCCUCCUUCUAUUGUACCUUCUCCUUUUACUGUGCCUCCUCCUUCUAUAGUACCUCCUCUUUUUACUGAUCCAACUUAUGAUGAACUAGAAGAUGUUUCAGGAUCAGAAGAGGAUACUAGUGAAAUAUUGAGGUUGAAAGUGAUGUCCAUCAAGAGUAUGUCGAUAUAA